GAGGCGCAUUCGUCUAAAUCGAGGCAGUCACGGUCACAUUGUGCCCGACCUGAAGUUAGUGAACUGCGAUGUUAUAAUUGCAAUCGUGCUGGUCAUUUGAAGCGAGAUUGUCGUGAAGCCAAGAAGGAGCCAGUGUGCUUUGGAUGUGGACGACGAGGCGUUAUCCGACCUAACUGCCCAAAGUGUUCAAAAAACUAGCAAACAGGCAACACGCAUCCAAGAGCCCACGCGAGUUGUCUGGUGUAUAUCAAAAGGCUCAGAAAAAAUGUGGCAUCUCACCACACGAGUGGAGAGAGUGGUUGGCGAAGGUGAAGAGUUUUUGCGGUUCUUUAGCAAGAUGUCCAAAAAGGUGUAUAAAAAAGGCAUCGUUUAAGCAGAUGCUAUGUUUGAGGUAGACAAAAAAUGUGAUAGUCGGCCCCAUUUGAAAAUUGAAGCGUAUGGACAUUCAUUGGUUGCAUUAGUAGAUAGCGGAGCGUCAAUUUCGGAACAGAAGGUGUGAAUACUGCAGAAGGACGUAUGCAGAAAAUUACGGGGUACGUUCAGUUACCUAUAUCGGUAGAUGGAACGUGCAAAGUCAUGAAGUUUUGGGUGGUACCGACCAUCCGCCAUUUUGUAAUCUUGGGUAACGAUUUUUGUGAGAAAUUUGGAACGGUAAUAGAUUGGAAUCAGAAAACGAUUGUUGUGAAUGAUAAACGUGAGGGAUGCGAGGGGAGAGUUGAAUAGCGACCAAGAACAAAACUUGAGAGAGGUUAUUGGCAAAUUUAAGUCUCUUUCGUGGGAAGCAGGAACCAAGUUGGGUAGAACCAACAAAAUAAUUCACAAGAUUGACACCGGUGAAGCAGAACCAAUUAAGCAGAGAUAUAACAACAUGUCACCAUAUAUGUUACAACAUUUGAACGGCGAGUUAGACAAAAUGUUAGAAUUAGGGGUAGUACAGCCAUCCUCAUCCCCGUGGGCAUCACCAGUAGUGUUGAUAAAGAAAUCCUCAGAUUCCCUUAGAUGCCAACUCUAAAGAAAAGACUGCUUUUGUGAUACCAUCAAGAGGUCUAUAUGAAUUUAAUGUACUGCCGUUUGGGUUGAAUAAUGCAGCGCAAACUCAACAACGUCUUAUGGAUACGAUUUUUGGACCCUCUUUAGAACCAUUUGUCUUUGUGUAUCUAGAUGACUUACUGAUAGCGACACCCACUUUUGAGAAGCACGUAGAAGUGUUACAACAGGUAUAUGGAAAACUGCAUGACGCCAAUCUUACAAUUAACUUUAACAAAUGUGAAUUUUGUAGGGCGAGUCUUCGUUAUUUAGGGUUCGUAAUUGACAGACAGGGGUUGCGAACGGAUCCUGAGAA